GCUCAUACACUCCCCAUAUUCACACAUAUUUAUUGUUGCAGCCAUUCAUUUAAAAUAAAACUGUUUUUGUGGCAUAUCACUUGAAGUACCCUUAGUUUUUGUAUAUUUUGUCUACCUGUUACAACUUACCCCAGUAUGUGUUACAACCUACCCCAGUAGUGGGGUAGGUUGUAACAAAGGACCACCUUGUAUUUGUCAUCAUCUCACAAAGUCUGUGAUAUAGUUGAAUAAAUUUAAAUUGUUGCCAUUUGUAGUAUAAACAUGUGGGUAAUUUGCCUAGAAGUUUUAGACGUGUAGCCAAAAGAAAAAGGUAAUUUUAGGCGCUGAAGAAAAAAGUGUUACAACCAUCCCUGGUUUCCCCUAACUGUUUCCGUCCGUGCCGUUUCCUUCAAAGAGUGUAUUUAAAAGGAAACCGCAGUGUGGAUUCUUAGUCUUUCAUUUCAGAAAUUCUGUGAAGGCACGAGAGAAGUUUUGAAAUCCUACGACACGAGGAAAGCGCUUUAAACUUGCCAGACAUUCAGACAUUCAUCAAAACCCGACAUGAUGGCGAUUUCUUUUUCUUUUCGAUGGGUUUUACUCUCAGCUCUUUGGAUUGCAGGGAGUGAGACGCAAUACACAGAGCUCAAGAAUUAUACCACCAGUGCUGGUCUCGCAUUUAAGCUUGAGUGCAGUGAAACACAGAAUGUGAGCUGGAGCCGUUUCCCUAAUCAGAGGCUGGAAGGCAUCAGUGGAAUAAACAUUCAGGGAGGCGCGCUAUGGUUUCUACCUGCUGACCUCUCCCACAGCGGAUCCUACUCCUGUCUCACCAGAAAUGGCGAUGAAACCUGGACAACAAUAUUUAAUGUCUCCGUUGAAAAUAAAACAUGCCCCAGGUUUAACAGAAAAGAUGAAAUAACGAGAACAAAGGAAAUCACUUGUUUGCUUUCUCACAUCUUUGAGAUAGACCCUCAAGCUCAAGUGACCUGGAGAAAUAACUGCCACCCACUCAGUGUGACAAACAGUAAGGUUUUACCGAUAAACAGAUCCAAAGACAUGAUUGGACUCUAUACAUGCUUUGUGAACUUUACUUUUGGAGGACAGCAUUACUCUGCUGCCCAGACUACAAAAAUCUUCAGCCAAUCUAAGGAUUAUGUGGUGACAAAGCCUGAAAUCAUCUACCCAAAAGAAGAAACAAAAAAAGUAACACUUGGUGAAAGUUACACUCUGAACUGCAAAGCUCUUAUUGGGAAGAACGACAAUAGAGAAACUGUUAUUUACUGGUAUACUGACUUAAAAAAUCUCAAACUGGACUACAACAGAAGUAUUGUGAAAGAGGGGGAGCGGGACUAUAUGCUGUCUACUCUAUACAUCCCAGAAGUCACAGAAAAACAUUUAUACACUAAUUUCACCUGUGUCGUUACACACCCAAGAGGUUCAGAUUCUGGAAAUGUCUUGCUUAUUCCUGUGAGUCAGAAUGAACGUUAUUACUGCAUCGGUGUUGGUCUGGUGGUUCUGCUCAUAUUACUGUGUGCAGUUGCAUUUCUCUUUAGAGUCGAUCUGGUUCUGGCUUACAGGGCUGUUUGCUCGUCUUCUGCCAUAAACAGUGAUGGCAAGUCGUACGAUGCGUAUGUGAGUUACCUCCAUAGUGAUCAACACGGCUCAACUUCUGCAGUGACAUUUGCUCUGGAUAUCCUUCCUGCGGUGCUGGAGGACCAUUAUGGUUACAAUCUCUUUAUCAGUGGUCGUGAUGGACUUCCUGGGGAAGCGGUGCACGAAGUCAUUGCUGACACAAUUAGCCGAUGCAGAAGGCUGAUCAUUAUUCUUACAUCACAGAGCUGUGUUUCACCUCAAACCGACACCACCAAGAGCUUUUUACCAGAUAAACUCCCUGUAUCAGAUCAUGAUGUGCAAAUGAAUGCACAGAACACUUCCUCUGAUAAAAUAUGGGCCACUUACGCGCCACAGGUGGGUCUCUAUGACGCUUUAGUGAAGCAGGGUCUGAAAGUCAUCCUGGUGCAGGUGGAGGAUGGUGUUGAAGAGGCUCUGCUGCCUGAAUCUUUGCGAUACAUCAUCCGCACCAAAGGCAUCCUCAGAUGGAGGCAGAGCACCAGUCAUCGGGGGAACAGAAGCUUCUGGAAACACAUGCGCUAUCAAAUGCCUCCAGCGAAGCGGCAGAAGAGUCCAGAGGUCACGGUGCUUUGAGAUCUGUUUGACCACAGAAACAAUCUACACAAGUAUAUAAACUCAUUAUGAAGUGUGUAUGGAUAACACCACUCAAGAAACACAACAAUGCACACUUACUGUACACUGAAAAAGAUACUAAAUUAAAUGCUAAAAGCUAUUUUUUUAACAAAUUUUAUUUAAAUGUAGCUAAAAUAAAUGGAUUGCAACCGCUUAAAAAAAUAAAUAAUUGUAAAUUAAAUUAAUCUCUUUUUCAGCAUAGGGGCUGUUCACACAGAAUGCGUUUUUCCACUCCCAUGUGCCACUUUUCCAUUGUUUUCUAUGUAAACGCUGUAGACGAUUGCAUUUUAGACGCUGUGUCAAGUUUCAACUUUUACACACAGCGCUGCUCAUGAGUGUCGAUUCCAAAACAGGCGACCAAUCAGAAGACCCCAGAGGCGGGGCAAGCGCUUCAAGGUUUUGUUUACAGUAGCAAGUAGUAGUUUUAUUUAACGAAACAUGUUGGAGGAGGAAUUCUGCUCUACACUUUUUAAAGUCCCCAUGAAAUCAAAAUUGUUGAAAACUUUUUGGCUUUUAGUCUGAAUAUGUUAGCCUUGAUGUAAUCUCUCAGCUAGUGUGCUCCAAAACAAUGACAAAACUACAGCAUUUAAGCAUUCAAACCUUGCAGUGUGUCACUUACGCCAAUAUGGAUCAAUGCUUUUGAGGACAUUACUCUGUACUUCAGCUUCCCGUCAAAAUUUCUGUCCAAUCAAAUGCUGGAAUCUGAAGCAUACCACAGCUUAUAAAUAGACCCUGAAGCAGUGAAGCUGAAAUCUGUCACAUAUUCAAAGAUUUCCUGUUUUCUGUACGGUGAAUGGGGAUAGGGAAGGAUUCAGGUAUAACUAUGCUUUCUGUUGGGGCAGAAAAAGUCUAACAAAAUGAUAGCACUGAGCGGAUCAUAUGUCCGAGUCGGCUCAGACCAUAAAACAUAUCAAACCCAUUUGAAUUAUACACAGAAUGUAAUAUUUUGUAUCAAUAUGGAUGAGAUUGUGGCUGUCAUACACUGUAGAAUUCGGCUUUACCAAGCGCAGUGGCUCUAGCCCAAGCUGUGAUAUAAAUAAAAUUGGCUAUUUUAAAAGGGGGGCAGGUCUACUUGAUAUGUCCUGCCCUGUCUUCCUGUUUAACCCUUGAGCAUUGUUCAAAUUCACUACCCUUUCAUACACACAAACACUAUAAUUUGCUGUUAUACUCCAUAUAACUGCCUAUACAAGCCAGAAACAGCCUUUUUUUUUUUUUGCGCAGGCCUAUCUAAAGGGUUAACGGUCCCACCUAGUGAUCAACUGUAAAAAUAACUAAUUUGACCUCUUCCCAGAAGGGAAACCCAUGCAUGAAUGCAUGAUUAUAUGGUGUUUUCAUCCACAAACAUAAUGAAAGGGUAGUGAAUUUGCCCAGAGUGUACCAUUGAGUUUUUGAAAAAUGUCAAAGCAUUUUUUUAAAAUAUGGGUCAA